AUGAAGGUCCUUGCAGCCACCAUCUUCUCUCUCGCCAUCGCCGCAUCAUCUACCAGGCGCGGCGCUCCGCACACCUGUCCUGGUGGCCUCACUAACAGCAGUCCCUUAUGCUGCUCCCUGAACAUCGCUGGCAUUUUAGCUCUGGACUGCAUUUCUCCCCCUAGCAACGGCUGCACCGGUUCAAUGAAGCCUCAGUGCUGCACACUUGGUUUGGCUGGUCAAGGCCUUCUUUGCAACGAUGCUAUUGUCGACUGGGUAAAAUGA